AUGCCGAUGCCAAUGGCGGCCGCGGCCGGAAACGGAGAGGCCUCGCCGCUCGUGGAGGCGGUGGGGUGUAACAUGCUGCGGCCGCGGGACGGGCCGCCUCCCCCGUCGCCGUCCCCGGUGGUCGGCAAGCCGCUCGCGUCCGGCGCUGUGCCGCGGCACGCGCUGGAGUUCGACGGCGAGGGGCGGUAUAUGGACGCGCCGUGGGACCUGCCUACGUCGGCGGAGACGUCGCCUUCCUCCGCGCCGGGGGCGUUCACGUGGCAUCACGUCGAGCUCCCGCGGUUGCUCACCGGUGGCGCGGCCGCGAAGCCGCUCCACCACGCGCAGGCGCUGAUCGAGCUCCUGUGCCCGCCGCUCACGCUCCAGGAGAUCCUCGCGCUCGUCGGGAACGGCCCGCACUGCGGCGGCGUCGCCGACGGCGGCGGCGGCGUGCUCGUGCUCCGCGUCAGCGCGCCGGGGCCGCUCGGCAGCGCCUUCGCCAUCCGCCUCGCCGCGCGCGUCACCGAGAGCUCCGUAGUCACCGUGUCCGUCGGCGCCGUCCCGCGGCUCGCGUUCGGGACCACGCAGGCGUCGCUCCUCUCGGAGGUGCCCCUCGGGGUGGCCGCCUCGCUCGCCGAAGAGGGGCACGGCGGCGGCCGCGCUGUCGAGGGCGGCGUCGUCAUCGACGAGCGCCUGCUCGAGUCGCUGCUCGCCAUGAACCACGCGGACGGCGCGCACACCGACAACAUCGAGCUGCACAUCGACAAAGGUGGUCACUUCAUGAGGAAACUUCUGUUGGAUGGCAGGAGAUUCCCCAAAAUGCACCUUGAUUUACAGCGCCUACUUCAGGUGGUUUCUCACGGCGAACAAGUCUUCCCCCGUGUGAAGGACAGAUGCGCGAGCAAGAGUUGGUUUGCAACCGAGGAUAUUGCCGCCCUCGAAGAUUUGAUCGGCCGCCUUAGGAGGCUCAAGGAAAACCUUGGAUUUAUAACAAACAGAGUGACCACGCUGCAGGCCAGCCUCGACAGCUGGCAGUCAGAGCAGAUCAACAAGAGCCUAUACUAUCUUUCAUUCCUCUCCAUAGUUUUCCUCCCUCUCUCCAUUGUAACCGGAGUUUUUGGGAUGAAUGUCGGUGGUGUGCCAUGGACCGAACAGAACAAGAACCCCGCAAAUCUGGACGGUUUCGCCAACGUGAUGCUGAUAUGUGCCGUGAUCUUGCUGCUCCUGCUGCUUUGCUUUCUGUUCCCUUCACUGUAUUCUCAUGUGUCGGCAUGGCGAACCCGGCGUGAACUGACCAGGAGUGGCUCCCAGAACAAGAGGCACCUGAAACUCUUCAAAGGCCACAGGGAAGGUUACAUGCGCCUGUGA